GGAGGAAAAGGACGAGUAUAAUGGCUGUCAUUCAACUUAGUGCCUGUCAGUUCCAAAGUGUCCAAUGGCGAUGUUCAAUUGUGUUUAGACAAAUGAGAGGUAUUCUCAUUCAAGCGACCUCGCCCUAAAUCUAAGUGUGCCUGCAGACGUCAACAGGGUUGGUCAUGUAGCAACUACCGACGUUCGACUAUCAGUGAAAUUAUUACUAGAAAGAACGGGAUACAGGCAAUAUGAGGAACGUGGUUAUUUUCUUUCUGGUUUGUCUCUGGAUGUAUCAGAUCCAUGCCAAGAAUAUCCCCAAGGAUGAUGAUAUUAAGUAUAUCGACGAAUUGUUGGAAGAGCUUGAACGGAGAGGGGAAACAAAAUUGAAAACAUCCUCGAAGAACAAAAUAAUUGAAAAUAGACAUCAUGUGAAGGAAAAUAAUGGAAUGGAGAGAGAAAGUGCAAUUGGCCCCGAAAUACAAGCAAUAUAUGACGAGCUAGCUAAUUUUGGACCAACUGAUUAUGUCUGUGGAUAUCGUCACCAUGAAAACGGCGAUAAUGUGGAUAUACAUGAUGUCAUCCACGGUAAUUGGCCUUGGCAUGUACAGAUCAGAGUGUGUUCACCAAACGACUUGAACGACUGCUAUAUAUGCAGCGGCGUUCUGAUUGGUCCAAUGUUUGCGAUCACCUCAGCCAGGUGUUUUAAAGGCAAAGACUACACUACUGAGAGCGUCCGAAUUUUUAUCGGACAGAAGACUCUCUCCGAUAAGCCGGAUGAGGGCGCUAUUGUGAAAACACCCUUGAAGAUAUACAUACGGGAAGAUUACGAUGACAACACCUUCGAUAACGACAUGGCCCUCAUAUAUCUCCCUGGUAUUGUGAUGUUUGACGAUCAAAAAGAUCGUGUCUGUAUAAAUUGGGAUGGAUCGAAACCAUUUGAUUCGCAGUCGACUUGUUUUGUCACAGGCUGGGGCACUGUAUUUGCUGGUGGAUCAAUAGACUUACAGCACUCAGAAUCGCCAACGAUUGUAACAAAAGAAUGCCGUGACCUGUCUUACUGGGAUAGCAGUGACGUCACCGACAACAUGUUUUGUGCGGGUCACAUCAAUGGCGACAACGACGCUUGCCCUCAAGAUUACGGCUCACCGUUGGUUUGCGGGGAUUAUGCCGGGCGGUUCACACUAGCGGGUCUGUACAGCUUCGGCGCAGACGAAGGAAAAGCCGGCGAAGAAUGUCGUACUCCUGGCUACCCGCAGGUAUACAGCAAGAUAAGCACCUUCCUGCCCUGGGUACGUGAAAUCGUACUUGAGGAAACUGGAAUUGAUGUGUAUAAUCUAAUUUCAGAGUAACAGAUACGUGAUUAUGGUUGAUAUGUACCCGAAACGCCCUCUAUCAACGCACAUACGUAAAUAUUUUCAUAGUCUUACAUUCAUCACAAUAUUUGUAUUACACCCCAUAUUCGUAAACAAAGAUUCCACACUCUACAAAUCAAUAUCUGAUAUUUUUCUCAUCUGACUUUUCGUUCAGUUAAAGUAAUUGACAAAGAAAGAAUAACCCACGACAAACAAAUAAAAAAAUAUAUAUAUAUACUCGUUAUCAUUAACCGAACAAGAUUUCACGAAUCCAAAUUCCCUUCACAAGUUGUACGGGUUUCAUCGUAGAGGACGCGUAUUGUGGUUCUUAUUUGGCGAGUAACUCCAAAGGCCGCAUUAAAGAUUAAAGGAGCCACCAUUUAUACCAUCAAAACUUAGUUUCUAAUGCUGUUAGGGGGUGACCUAUCCAAAUGAAUAUGCCACACUUUGCGCCCUCACCGAUGCCCGUACAUUGUACAUUAGAACGUGGCGAUGUAUUCGUUUUACUCAGGGAGCCGCCGCAAACAAAAUAACUCGAUACCGCCAAUGUUGUUAUCAGAAUUAUAAUCUACGUAGUUUUAAUGUACUAGUAAUUAAUUGUUGGUUGUUAUGUAAUAAAGUAGUGAAUUAAAAA